UAAGUUUUUGCACCGUGACUGCGAUCGACUGGGAUACUACAUUUUCAUUCAGUACAACAAUGAGUCGUGGUAGAAAUUGCUUUGUACCUGGCUGUACAAGUGGGAAUCCCAAUAAAAACAAGGCAAAUAAAGAACGGGGUGAAAGAAACCCAAGCCUUUUCAAAGCUCCUAAUGAUCCUAGCUUGCUACAGCAGUGGCAAAAGGCGAUACCCAGAUCAGACAAGACACUUAGCAGCAAAGAUGCUGUUUGUGAACUACAUUUUCUAGAUGAAGAUAUUUUGACUCAUUAUGAGAUCAAAUUAACUGACGGAACUAUCAGUAGAAUUGAGCGGGGUAGACCAUUAUUAAAGGAGGGUUCAAUUCCAAGAAUUUUUCCUAACCUGCCUUCAUAUUUCUCUAGUAAUAAAAGAAAGAGGAAACCACCAUGUGUAAGGAGUGAAGCAACUGAAAAAGUUUCUAAUUCAAAAAAAGUAAAAGGUCUGCCUAUUAAUCAUGUUGAAAAUCAAACUUCAGAACCUAACUUUGAGAAUGAGAAUGAAAUUCUUCGUGAUAUUACUAAUGUGCCAGUUGAUGUUACAGACAGUAGAGUUACUAUGUUCACAAAUUUGAAAAAUAGUUUGGCUGCAGUUGGCACACCAAACAAGCGAUGGGCAGGUACAUUUAUUUCAGGUUCAAAUGAAAUAGUCUUUGCUGAGUGGGAUGAUACUUACUUGCCAAAAAAAAAAAUUAUAAUUUGCAAGGAUAUGUCUUAUAAGGUUUUAUUUGGGAAAACAGAAAUUACUUUUGAAGAGAAAAGUUCAGAAAUAUCUAGUUUUGAAGAACUUGAAAACAUAUUAAUAUCUGUCAAUAGAAUGGGAGUCUGUUCUGAAAUUAAGCUAUGGCAAUUUUUGGAAAUGUUUACCCUAAGAGGGUAAAACUUGGAAAAACUUGUUAUAAUCGCUCUUUUAAAAGUAUGAAAUUUUGCACAGAGGUUUCUUUGGUGACUUAAUUGAAUAUUAUGUAACGU